AUGACCGAGGCUUAUCAUGAAGCAAUUGAUACGCUUAAUGGCUUAGAAAUAUUGAAUUUACUGAAAGAUAAAAAUGUUCUUGACUUAAAAUCCUUAAGUGAAUAUGUAUUUAAACAGUUAAAUUCAAAUUCAAAGAUGUACGACUACUCAUCUCAACUCAGCCAGAUGGAUGAUGGAGAAUUUGAAAUCGCUGAUGAUGAUGAUGAUGAUGAUGAUAGUGAUGACGAUAAUAGAACAGCAGCUGAUCUUAACAUUAAUGAUGGGUUUUCCUCAAAUGAUGAUUACGAUGAUGAAGAUGAACAAGAUGAUACUCGAAAUUUCAUAAAUACAACAAAAGAGAAUUUUCUGGAAUGA